AUGGUGGUUAUGGGAACCAACUUAUCCCCAAGACUAGACGCAGGACUAUACGAAGAGGCACUAGAAGAAUUGGAAGGAACCAUCCAACAAUUGAGGGACCGACCCAUCUGUGUAAUGGGGGAUUUUAACGCGAAGGCUGUCCUGUGGAAAUCCAAGGUCACAGAUCUGCGCGGUAAGAUGGUUGUGAAAUGGGCAAGCCGCCUAGGCAUGUGUUGUCUGAAUCGAGGAAGGGAGAGUACUUGCAUAAAGACGUACGGAGAGUCAAUUGUGGACCUCUCAUUCGCUAACCCGGCUGCAGCUAGGAGAGUAACUUCAUGGAAGAUGCACGCGCAUGCAACGGAUGAAAAAAGAAACCCGCCACCAAAGAGAUGGGCAGUAAGAAAAAUGGAUAGAGAUAUGCUUUCGGCAGCGUUGAUUGCUAGCUGCUGGCCUAACCAUGAAAUAGCAGAUAAUGCAAGAGAGGUGGAAAUUGAGGAUUCGGUUGAGAGGUUACAGGGUACAAUGAUAGCGGCAUGUAAUAUGGCCAUGCCCAAGAGCGAGCCAAGACCCAGCAAGGCAAUGCCCUGGUGGACAGAAGAACUUGAUCAAUUAAGAGACGAGCUAACAGCAGCCCGAAGAAGGAUGAGAAGAAUGAGAAGACGAUGA